AUGCGCGAUGCCUUCCAGGUCGCCUGCCUCGCUCGGCUGCCUACAGCCUCGCUGCCAGGGAGAAAGAUGCGAACUGACCAUGGCAGGGUUGAUGGAGGCACUGCACUAGGUAUGCUGAGGGAAGCCAUUGUUGGUGUUUACAGUGGUGGCAGUGACCAUUUUCUUGUUUUUCCAGCCCAUACCUGGGCUUGUGAUACUGGAUUGGGGUGUGAGAAUUGCUCGGGUGUCUACUCUUUUGUAGUGAAUCUGGUGCUCGAAAUUCAUGUUGACGAAAAAGCAGAAAAGCAGAGCCACAAAUCUCCAUGA